AUGGCCCAACACCUGAAAGACAAAGAAGCCUACCAAAGACUCAACUAUCUUUACCAGGCUGCACAUUGUGUUUUAUCCCAAAACCCCAAAAAUGUGGAACUCGCCCGCUUCUACUGUUUCACACAGAAAACAAUUGCAAAACGUUUGGUACUCCGACAAGACCCAUCAGUAAAGAGAACUUUAUGCAAAAAGUGCUGUUCAUUGCUCAUUCCCGGUGUAACAGCUACAACAAGACAAAGAAGGAAAAAAGGAAAGACCCGCUUCACGGUUGUGAGGUGUCUCAGUUGUGGCCAGAGCAAGACCCUGCUGAACAAUCCAGAUCACUGUUUAUGGGCGGACCGACCCGAGGCACAGCUGGAGCAGCAAAAACAGCCAGAUCCAGUCACGUCGGCUGAAAGUCAACCCAAACAUCCAAAACAUCCAAAGCCUGAUGGAUCACAGUCUUCUAAACCUGGUGCAGCUCAAACCUCUGCCUGCACAUAG